AUGGGACUCAAAGAUGUCAACUGCGUGUUGGCGCCACUCAUCAGUCUGAGAGGUCGUGAGAACACAGUUGGCGUAAGCGGCUUUCUUCUGGGGGGUGGCUUUUCUUGGUUUUCUGGCGAAGUUGGUUUCGCUGCAGAUAAUGUGGCCGAGUAUGAGGUCGUUUUAGCCAGCGGCAAUGUUAUCAGAGCUAGUCAACACGUGAACUCUGACUUGCUCAAAGCUCUCAAGGGCGGAGCGUGUAACUUUGGCCUGGUCGCCAAAUUCGUGCUCAAAACCUUUCCCUCUCGCAACCUCUAUGGCGGGGUCAUGGUAUUCCCUUGGGCACAGAAGAAUGCCAUCGUUCAGAAGUUUGUGGAGAUGAUUGACGGCAACACCAACGGGCACCCCGAAGAUACUGGGUUCGCAGCUGCUGCGUGGAGUCUAAGUGGUGGGAAGAGAAUGUCUUUCGUUGUUGCUAACAUUGAGGGGCAAUCCAACUCAACGGCUUUCGCGGGACUUGAAGUUCUGUCUCCCGUGGUCGACGUGCGGGCAAACCUCCCAGUGACCAGCAUUGCUGCCCAAAUCACAUCGCCGAGUGGCGGGUACCAGAUUCUAUCAUCAUUCGACGCCGUUAUUGAAGAUAUUCAGGACCAGGACCAGGUCCAGGAUGGCAACGACUUCAGAAACGUCUACCUCCUAACGCCGUUUCCGACCCUGUUCUCAAACUACGGCGACAAUGUUCUUGGUCUUGACGAAAUCCACAAGAAGAACUCUAUUGUUUUCAGCAUCCAAGGAAUUUUCCCUAACAUGAAAUAUGUUGGGCUAUUGAGACAGAGGCUGAAAGAAGCGACUGCAGACAUCGAGGCUUAUGCUAGAGCUACUGGCCAACUGAUCCCCUAUCUAUAUCUCAACUACGCGGGUCAAGAUCAGAAACCAUUGGCGACGUAUGGUGAAGAAAACUUUCGGUUCCUGAAAAGAGUUGCGGAGAAGUACGAUCCCGGACAGUUCUUUCAGUACAGCGUGCCGGGAGGAUUUAAAAUUAAGGAUGUAUGA